CUCCUCACAGUUAAAGCACAAGCAGCAGCUGAAAGAGCUUCAUUGGGGAAAACCCAGGAACUCCUCAGCAGGUUGAAGGGAAGGUGAGCCUGGCUUUGACCCAGUGUCUUUCAGGAACCUGCACCCAGAUUCUCUUGAACCAGCAUGGCCAGCCUUCAGGACAACACUCUGUGGAUCAUUCUGGUGGGAAGAACUGGAAGUGGGAAAAGUGCGACAGCAAACACCAUUCUUGGGAAAAGAGAAUUUGAUUCUAGAAUUGCUUCUGGGUCUGUUACCAAGAGCUGUAAGAAAGAAGAGAGGGCCUGGGAGGGGAGGAAGCUUCUCGUGGUGGACACCCCAGGGCUCCUUGACACCAAGAAGAAAUUGGAGACCACCUGUGAAGAAAUCGAUAACUGUGUCCUCUACUCCAGGCCUGGGCCUCACUCCAUCAUCCUGGUUGUACUGCUGGGCCGCUUCACACAGGAGGAGCAGAAUACAGUUGAAUUGGUCAAGGCCAUCAUUAGGAAGCACGUCAUGAAGCACAUGAUCACCUUGUUCACUCACAAAGACAAAUUACAAGGUCAGGAGCUCAGUUCAUUUACAGCAAAGUCAGACAAGCUCCUAAAAACUAUCAUCACAGAGUGUCAGUGCUACUGCUGUGCUUUCAACAACAGAAGUGCAGACAAGGCUGAGAAGGAAGAUCAAGUGCAGGAGCUGGUGGAGGUGAUCGACAUAAUGGUGCAGGACAGUGGAGGGGCUCACUUUUCUGGUCCCAUCUAUAAGUACACAGAGAAAACAUGGAAAGAUGUGGAAGAGUCACUGAACAAAAUCUCUGCUACUUAUUCACAAAAGAAAAAAGUACUGGAAGAGAAAUGUGCUAGGAAUGUAAUAUCAAAGCAAGUCAUGGAGAAACACAUGAGAGUCCUAAAUGAGCAAUAUGUUCAACAAAUUGAAAAUGCCAAGAAAGAAGCUGAAAAAAAAUAUUUGCAGCUGUUUUCAAUGAGAUUCAGCUUGUGCUUUCAAAUGUGUGGCAUAUGUUUUAGAAAUUAUAUAAAUUCAUUUUUUAUUUUUCAUUAAUUUACUAUGAUUUGUCAAUAUGGUAGAUUGUGUUUUCCAAAGAUAGCUAUAACAAUAUUCACUACCCCAGCUCUGCUUCUUGUACUCUGUGUUGUUGCUCCUUCUGUUGGUUGAUGGGGACUUGAACCAAGGUUGGUUGUCCCUACCUUGAAAUUCCAUGGGCUCUGUGACUGCUUUGAUGAGUAGUGACUGGUCUGACUUCUGAAGUUAGACAGGGACAGUGUCACCUUGCUCUCUGCAGUAGGCGCCCUCAGGACAGGCCUCCGUGCUGUGAGGAAGCCCACAUUGUCCAUCGAGAGGCCCCAGGAAGAGGACUGGAAUCCUGGCCCCGCCCCCUGCCUGCUUUUCCAUCUGCCAGUGAGACCACCUGCCAGCCCUGCAAGUGCAGCCACAGGGCAGUGGGCUCUCACGCUGCCAUUGGAGCCGCCUAGUGGGGAAGCUGCAGACAGCAAAGAUGGGCCAUCCCCACCAUGUCCCACCCAGUUUGUAGAUUCAUGAGAAAAAUAAAUGAUGUUUCAAGCCACUAGGCUUUGGGCUGGUUUGUUGUGCAGUGACAGCUCCCCAGAGCAUCCUCCCAGCUUGUUCCCCUGUCCCCACAGUAGCAACGCAGGCAUGGAGUAACUGAAUGGGCACAUCAGGCCAGAAUACAUUGCAAUAGAGUUCAAAAACUGAAUUUAGGAAAAUCAAAUGAAAAGCCUGUGUGUGCCAUGUGUCAGCCCCGUCUGGUGGUGCUCAUUUUCUCCAUCCAUGUGUCCGAGCACACGGGCAGUGAAGAGCAGGCCUCUCCAGCAAGAUGGUUCUGUGGUCCAUGGAGGUCUGGGAGGUGCUAAAAAUCCUCAUGCUGUUUUUCUCUGUGUUCUUGUUUAGGUGCUACCCUAAUGUGAAAUGUCCCUGACUGUAACUUUAAAAUACAUUCUGUGCCAAAUAAUUUUCCAUUGCCUCUGCAGAUCCACAGUUUGCCCCCCUCACCAUAGCUCUGUGCCCCAGGAGGCUGGCCUACAUGGGACGCAUGGUUACUGAUCUCAGGGUUUGUGCCACUCGGGGUGUUCUGUUCAAGGAUGAGACGUGGUGGUCCUCACAGGCGUGGCUCAGUCGGUUGGUCAUCAUUUCACAAUUGUGACUCUUGGUCAGGGCACAGGACUGGGUUGUGGGUUCCAUUCCUGGUUGGGUUGUGUAUAAGAGGCCACAGAUCAAAGUGCUUCUCUCACUUUAAUGUUUUUCUCCCUUUC